UUAACUCAAGUGGAAUAAAGAGUGAGCUCAAGUGACGUAUACGUAAUAAACAAACAGUGUGCAUAUGAAACAAAAUUAAAGUUGCAACAAGUGCAGUGCAACACCGAAUUUUUUUAAACGAAUAUCUGUCAGGAUAUUCAACUCUUGUGACUUGGAAGCCAAUUUGCUAGCAUACAAGCUACAACAAAAAUAAAGCAAGAUGUUUCUACGCCGUUGCACUUUGCUGCUAUUGCUCUGUCUAAUUGCGAGUGACGCCAACGCCGCACGUAAAACAAAGCGUCCUGUCAAGCCGGCCAAGCAAACAAUUUCACGCACCAACGUAACGCCAGCGCCUGCAGCAGCCGCGCCAGCUCUACCAGCAGCAGCAGCAUCGGCCGCAGUUGUGGGCGCUACCAGCAGCAGCAGCAGCAGCAGCUCCACGUUAGCCACAACCACAAGCGGCAGUGAGCAAAGCGUGGAGGCCGCACCGCUGACCGCUGCGGUAAGCAACAGUGAACUGCCCAAGCCGCUGGCGGCACUAAACGAUGCUCCAGCUGAGCCCAAGACAGACAAGUCGCCGGACAUGGAAGAGGAGUGCGAUCCAGAUAUGAUUGGCUUCGAGAUAAUUACAGGUUAUGUAUUGUCGGCACCCUCGAAAAUGCUGGACACCCUGCCUGGCACCUUGAUGCUCACAGACUGUUUGGAGGCAUGUCAGAGCAAUGAAUCCUGCAGUGCUGUCAACUAUGAAACCGGCUUAUGUGUGCUUUUCAAGACGACUGCCGAUAAAUUGCCAGGUUCACUUUCGCGCUCACAAUUUCCGGUUUUCACCAUUUACGCACAGAAAUCGUGUUUGGGCGUACGGCCUUGCUCCAAGGCCUGGUGCAUUGAUCGCGUUCAAGGUUACCGCCUGCCCGAACAUGUCAAAUCUAGUCAGACCGUCCUCUCCCGUCGCGACUGCCUGGAACUCUGCCUGGGCGAAACCGAGUUUACAUGCCGAUCGGCCAAUUUCUAUCGCCACUCCGGUCUCUGCGAGCUGUCGGACAUGGAUCGCAUAACUCUAUCGGCGGGCAACAGCGUCGAGGCCUAUGAGGGCGCCGACUAUUUGGAGAACAACUGCGCCGAGGAGCCCAGCAAGCUUUGCGAGUUCAAGCGCAUCUCGGGCAAGAUACUCAAGACAGUGGAUUCAGUUUAUCAGGAUAUUAACACCAUUGAUGAGUGUCGCGAUCUGUGCCUCAACUCACCUUACAGAUGCCACUCGUAUGACUAUAAUGAUACUGGCGACAUGGUCUGCCGACUGUCGCAUCACAGUCGCGCCACACUGACGGACGUCAUGGAUCCCUAUCUGGAUGUGCCCGAGGCAGCCACCUACGAGUUGUCCGCCUGCUACAAUGUGUCGAUUGAAUGCCGCGCCGGCGAGAUGAUCACCAAGAUACGCACCUCUAAACUGUUCGACGGAAAGGUCUAUGCCAAGGGAGCGCCCAAGUCCUGCGCUGUGAAUGUGAACAACUCGCUGGAGUUUGACUUCCGCAUGGGCUACAACGAUCUCGAGUGCAAUGUGCGCCAGAGCGCCUAUGGACGCUAUAUGAACGACAUUGUCAUACAGCAUCACGACAUGAUUGUGACCUCCUCUGACUUGGGUCUGGCUGUCAGCUGUCAGUAUGAUUUGACCAACAAGACGGUGCUGAACGAUGUGGACUUGGGUGUUACAGGCGAAAUUGAGUCUUCGCUGAGCGAGGAGAUCACCAUUGAUUCGCCCAAUGUGAUAAUGAAGAUCACCUCACGCGAUGGCAGCGACAUGAAGCGCAUUGCUGAGGUCGGUGAUCCGCUGGCGCUGCGCUUCGAAAUCGUGGAGCCCAACAGUCCGUAUGAGAUCUUUGUGCGCGAACUGGUUGCCAUGGACGGCUCGGACAGCGCCGAGAUAACACUGAUCGAUGCUAAUGGCUGCCCCACCGAUCAAUACAUCAUGGGCACCAUACAGAAGCUCUCGCACAAUCGCAAGGUGCUGCUCUCGCAGUUCGAUGCCUUCAAGUUCCCGUCCAGCGAGGUGGUGCAGUUCCGCGCCCUGGUCACGCCCUGCAUUCCUCGCUGCGAGCCCGUCAUCUGCGACAGCGAGGAUGGCGCCAGCGGCGAGCUCAAGUCUUUGGUUUCCUAUGGCCGCAAGAAGCGUUCGAUUGCCAACGGUACCGACGCCGCCGAGUUCAUGGUCAGCAGCACACGCCAGCGACGCGACGUAGCGUCAGCUCCAGUGGAUGAUAACAUACUCCUCGUGCAGUCCAUACAAAUCACAGACAAGUUUGGCUUCCAGCCGGAGGAUGGUAGCAACGGCAGCGAUGGCAGCUCUGGCGCUGCUGGCGAGCCCCACGAGACGGCCUAUGCGGGCGUGGCCCAGGACAAGCUCACUUGCCUUAAUGGCUAUGGUCUAAUCUUUGCCGGCUCGCUGUUCCUGCUGGCCCAGCUGAGCAUCUUCGGCAUUUGGAAGACUGUGCAGCGUCGCACGCGCAAGGAGCGCUAUCUCUAUCAGCAGGAGCCCACACCCACCAUUAGCUAUGGAGCGCCCACUAUGCUAUACGGCCCACCACCCAGCUCAGCGUCCGCAGCCAGCGCUGCGCAUAUGAACAGCGGCAAGGAUACGCUGAGCAAGCUCUACGACAGCGGCAUCAAUGGACGCUACGGGCCACAGUACUAGGCAGUAGCUUCUGACUGACUGGCCAGGCGCAGUGUGCUCCACUUUUAGCUGGGAACAAACGCAAUAUGCCUCGAAAGCUUCAAAAGAUUCGAUGAGACUUGAAACACGCAAGGCAGCGCUUGCCUGCAAAAACAAAAACAGAAACAAUCAAUGUUUUGCAAAAUGUAGUUUAAUUAAGCUUAAGUUAAUUUAUAACAAAAUACACAGAACCCAAGCAAAACACUCAACACACACACACACACACACUAACAAAUGCGCGCUUUUAAAUGCUUUGGAUUUGAGAUUAAUCCAGCAUUCUAAAACUGCGCAUUGCCAGCAGAAAAUAAUUCGCUACACAUUUAGUUAAUUGACUUUAGCAAAAGAGCCUUAGCAUAAUUUUUGUCUUUAGUUUUAAGCGCUUACUUAAAUUAACUAAGUCUUGAACUGCCGUGCAAGUGAAGUGCAUUUAUAACUUUUAUCUACUAUAUUCGAUUCGAUUUAUUUAUGUGCGUUUUAUUUAUUUUAUGUACGAAGCGCAGCGUCUGCAGAAUUUGCCAAAUACUUUUGUAUCAAAAUGUUUGGCGACAAAUAUUUUGCGCUCUGCUGCACUUCCUAUAACUCAAGCCAACUACAAUUAUAUACUUAUUUAUUCUACUUGUACUUACUCCCCCCACUAUUUAUUGCUAAUUUAUUUAUUCGCCAACCCAAUUGCUAGAGUGAGAGAGGUGCUAAGUGUUAGGUGCUUAGAACCCACGGGCAACACAUGCAAAAGCAAUUCAGCAUAAAAAGGCUAAAAUUUAAGAUAUUCGUUAAUAAUAACUGACACUCGAUCACAAACACACACACACAAAGGCAUUGCAUUAAACAAUAAUAUUAUUUUGCUAAACAAAUUGUACUGAUUAAGUAAAGCAAUAUAAACAACCCUACACUUAA